AAUAUAAUAAUUGUAUUUGUUUGAGGUUUGUUUUAUUUAGUGCUUUUAAAAGUGCUGUGUCAAUUAUUGUCCAUUCCAACCACACAUAUCCACCCAUAUUUUCCACCAAAAGUAUAAAUCCAAUCCGAGGACAACGGGUUCCUGACCAGGCUAGUCAGAUUUCCAACCUGGGUACUUCCUCCCACUACAUAUACCCGACAAAAACAAACGCUUCUAGAAGUCCAGAGUUCUAGCGGAUAUUCACCUUUUAUUUUAUUUUAAACAGAAUUUUAGCGGAUCGGAAGAUCAAGACUUCGUUUGCCAUUUGUUGUAUUAUCAGUUCCAUGAUCAGUUCCAGAUAUUCCACGUGAGAUACUUUACCUUUUUACUGAUUUUUUCGAGCAUUCCUUUCUUCCCUCGAAAUUUCGAAUGGAAACAGCCACUUUCAUGUGAGAGUGCGACAGUUCCCCCACCAGAAAUAUCAAAGUAUCGACGAAAAUUCCUGCGGUGUGCAGUUAAUAGAGAGACAGCAAGGUUCCUCAGUAAUAGAGUGACACGGAGAGUUGAUUUAAGAAACUUUUGCUCACACGCAAUAAUCGAACGCCAUGAACUUUUUGACGUUAUCUUCUCAUCAUUCCUUACCGUGUACUUCCCGAGAUCAUGAGAUUAAUUCUAUAUGUCACGCUGCUCUCUGGUUUAUGGUAUCAUUCAUUUAACAUUUUAUCAUCCUAAGUGGAAGAGGACACAACCUCCCUACAAUGACCAAUGAGACCCCUACUGACCCAUACAUCUUCACUACCGACCUACUGCCCCUUGACCCUCGCUUCCUACCUCCGCUGGCCAAUGGGCUGCUGGGCUGGAGAGUUUACUGCGACAUCAUGCAUAUGGGCGGACUCUAUAAUGGCGAGGGCGGGGAAUGUCACCGUGCCAACCUUCCUUCUCCUCUGGCUGUGAGGAUGGAGAUAGAGGAGGAUGAGACGGCAGGACCUGUACAGCACUCAUACAGCCUAGAUACCCACACAGGUAUCUUUACCCACUCUUUGCGGACAGCUAAUGUUAUGGCCUCCCAGUUGCUCUACGCUCAUCGUCACCAUCCCAACCUCCUGGUCAUGGAAGUCCUGCUGGUUCGUCAGGGCACCUCCCAGGAGCCAAUCAGGGUGAAGCUGGACAGCAGGUUCAAGCCCCGAAGCGAUGACGUCGUGUUCCAGUCUGAACCACAAUACAAAGGUGGCAGUUACAUCCAUGGUCAGACCAUCACACCAGAGGUCCCAGGGGAUGUCUGCCCCGCCGUUCAUCUCAUCUGGACACCCAUCCCCACCGCACUCUCUCUGCUGGCCGACCAGACGCAGUCCCGCUGGGGCUUUGUGGUGACUGUGGCUGGCGAUAAGGAGAGUGCACAGGCCCACUACGACACUGGUUUGGAGCUUAUGGCCAAUGGGAACCUUCGUCCCACCCACCUCCGGGCAUGGGAGGAGCUGUGGGCAGGCAGCAAGCUGGAGCUGAUUGGUCCAGAAGAAUUCAGCAGGGCUCUGAUUGGUUGCAUGUUCUACCUGCUCAGUGCUUUCCCGUCAUUGCACGAGGUGCCUGGUCACUUCGGUGGGGUCAGUCCUGGAGGGCUGUCCAAUGGGGGUUCAGGCCAGGACUACUGGGGCCAUGUGUUCUGGGACCAGGACAUUUGGAUGUAUCCAAGCAUUGGGCUCUUCUAUCCCCAGCUAGCCCGGACUGUACUAGAAUACAGGGUGCGAACACUCAACGGGGCUAAACACAAUGCUGAGAAGCAGGGCUACAAGGGACUGAAGUUCCCUUGGGAGAGUGCCGUGUCCGGGAGAGAGGUGUGUCCUGAAGACAUCUACGGACAGCAGGAGAUCCACAUCAAUGGAGACGUCACUCUGGCAUUCCAGCACUACCUCUAUCUGACACAGGACCUGUCGAUGUUUACAGAGGGUCGUGGCAGUGAAGUAAUUUGGGGUGUUGCUGAUUAUUGGGUUUCUCGAGUAACCUGGAGCCCUGAAGAACAGAGCUACCUCAUCUUAGGAGUGAUGCCACCUGAUGAGUAUUACCACAAUGUCAACAACUCUGUGUACACAAACACUGUCGCCAAAAUCAGUCUUGCCUUUGCUGUGGAGUUGGCUUCCCUGCUGAACUAUCCUGCUCCCAAAGAGUGGAAGCAAAUCGCAGACAAGAUCAAAAUCCCCUUUGACCAGGAGCACAAUUAUCAUCCUGAAUAUGAUGGGUACAAAAAAGGCCAGUUUGUUAAACAGGCCGACACGGUGAUGCUGGGCUACCCUCUGGGUCUGGCUAUGCCCCCCAAGGUCAGAAGGAACGACCUGGAGUUCUACGAGGCUGUCACAGACCCCUCGGGACCUGCCAUGACCUGGGGUAUGUUUGCAGUUGGCUGGUUAGAGCUGGGGGAGGUGGAACGGGCACAGAACCUACUGAAGAAGAGCUUCAAAAACAUCCAAGGACCAUUUCAGGUGUGGAGUGAAUCAUCUGAUGGUUCUGGGGCGGUGAACUUUCUCACUGGAAUGGGAGGGUUCCUACAAGCUGUGCUGUUUGGUUACACUGGAUUCAGAGUACAGAAGGAUUGUCUUGCCUUCGCCCCUCUCUUCCCGGAUGACAUCUCCCAGCUGUGUAUUCGGGGCAUCAGUUACCUGGGCAACAAGAUGGACUGGCUGUUUAGGGGACAGGAAGUGCAUAUCAUACUGAGGGAGGGAGCAAAGCAUGCUGGGUCUACCAAGCCUUGUGCUCUUCAAGUUGUCCUCAAGAACUCCGGGACCAAGAUCCCUCUCAUAUCAGGAAAACCAGUAACUUUCCCACGGGAACCCGGAUUGAUUUGUAAAGUGGACGGAGACCUGCGAUACUGGCCUAUGUGAGAAACGGCUCUCCGUCUACUACCUUCCUAGGUGUCACUAUGGCUGUGUUUUCUUUACAGAGAAAGACCAACUAGUGUAAAAACAUCAGGAUCGUUUUGCCUUUGUAAACACAGCAUGAUAAAAGUGUUGUAAAUUGUAUCGUAUUCCCUGUGUAAAUAAUCCAUACCAGAAUUAAAGGAUUACAUUAUUUCCUGUUUCUGUAGGUGGGAGCAGCUUGAUAUCAAUUGAAUGCCUAUGUCUUCAGAAAUUGAUACAUUUUUUAAUGCGUAUGUACUUGUACAUUUACAGACUUUUUAUAUUUUACUUUUUACUUAUGAACUUGGAUCCUACAUCUCAAUGGUAACUAAUAUUGGCUCAAAAUUUUGCAUCUGUCAUUUCUGACCCAGUGUUUGGCUGAUAGAGGACUGGUCUGUCAGUGAAUUCAUCAUUGCAAUACUGUAAAAGGGUGUGUCAUGUUGCCAUAUUGAAAUAAAGAUAUUCAA